CCCAAAUUUAAUUUGACUCGUGUGCAAGUCUAACUUUGUUGUGUGAAAGGAUGAUGUGGAACUGUGUUAGAGUAAAAGCUAUGGCUAUGCCUAUGGCUAUGGGUGUUCCUUCAUGUUCAUGGAGACCCACCAUCACGUGCUGCUCUUCUUCAACCAUCAACACUGAGCAACUACGUUCUCAACUUGAUCACCUUCAUGCAGAGGCUCAAGCCACCACAACUAAGGCAACUAAUGCGAGAUUGAGGCUUCUACGAUUGUCAGAGGCUGCAGAGAAGCUUCAAAAACAAGCGGCUAUAAGCAUUCAAAAGGGGGAUGAAAAUUAUGCAAGGGAAAUGCUUUUUCAGAGGAAGAAGGUGCUGCAGGCUUUAGACAAGUCUAAAAGACGCAUUGAGUUGCUUGAUGAGCUUUCCACGAAGCUAAGUGAGGCAAUAUCUUUGAAAGAAAGUCAGCUAAUUGGAAAUAUUAAUGUGAGCAUUGAAGACACAACAGAAAAUGCUUCAAGUCCAGUUCGAAUUAUUGCUCCAAAGGAGGAAGUUCAAAAAUAUUUUACUAAGGACAACUCGGAUCCUUAUAUGAUGAAAUUCAGCGAUAUUCAAGAUGUGCAACUUUCUAUUGAAAGUGAAGGUAAUCCUGUGGAGGAUAAGGAAACUCAGAAUCUUCUAGAAUCCCUUAGUAUCGGCAGUUCAAAUGAAGACAACAUAGCCAGAAACUUGUCAGAAAUAUCCUCUUACGAGGAUUUCAUGGAACAUAUAGAUCAAAAGCUCAGUGAAAUUGAAGCUGAACUAGUUACUGUUUUGAAUGUCUCUACCUUGGUACUGGAUAAUGAAGAUAGACCAAAUAAUUCCAGGUUGCAACAAACAAUUGAACUCCUUGAGAGCAUCCAUGGCAUUAGACAGAGAAUUAAAAGUACCAAGGAGACAAAACUGAGGAUAUGAUCAAUUUCGUUUUGCUCAACUCGUCUAUUGCUUCCAGGAACUUCUGCAACUAUGGAUGAAAUUAUUCUGUUGAUGGACUUGUGUAAAUCGUGUUUACACUAUAGCCAUGAUAAGUGUUUACAGUAAACUAACUUAUUAAUCAGUGUUCUUUUUUUCCCUCAGUAUUAUUGCUAUUAUUUUAGCUGCUUAUUCUAUUAUGGUGAUGUAUGCUACAAACCUAAAUUUGCGUACUCUAAUUGUUAUGAAAAACGUUGGCAUCGUCA